GUUAGUAUGUAAUUUAGUUAGGGUUUUGCUUUUGGUUAGGUUAAUUUGUUUCAUUUCGUUACUUUUUGUAUCUUAUCCUACAGGUUUUUCAGCAAAUCUCUGGGACAUUGUUAGUGUUAGGUUCAUUACAAGACAAGGAUAUCCCGUUAUUAGGUUUUUCUCUAACUUAGUUUUUCUAAUUGUUGAUACGUUUUUAAGUGCUGAAGGUUAAGCUCAAGUGGCAGCACCUCUGCUAUCUAUCUAGUUUUGGGUUGUUUUCUAUGCAGGAGCAUUCUCGGUGAUUUUCCAAAAGUUAAAGGUGGAGUAAAUUUUUUACUAAAUCAUUGUGAUUUAUUAUUUGAUUUAGUUUGGCAAAGCGAAUGUAUAUGAUAUGGGAUGUUGAGAUGUUCUUGAAUACGCUUUUAACCUUUUUCAAUGUACAAACAAGGGUGCAAUUUUUACUAGGGCCUACAAUAUGAUACGACAGUAUUAACAGAAUUUUACAUCCAUUUAGAGUUGAUUCAUAGACAGUUUUAUAUGAAAAUGUUUUCUUGUUGCAUAUAGCAAUAAAGCAAUACGGGUUUCCUCAAUAAUAGGGGUAGUAUUGAGUUUUAUGCUAACUGAACUAAGUUAACAAGUGAUGUUAAUGUUUCAUCUUCCUUAUUUUCUUUGCAGUACGGAGUAACUUUUGCCAGAAAAAAAUUAGAAAGUUUAGGAAUCAUUGUGUAGUUUUAUGAGUAGUAUUUUGUGGCCUUUAAUCAUUGGUUCAUGCCAUAAUACCAUAAAUGCUUAACAUAAAUUGUCUGUCAUUCUAGAGUUUGAAAGGUAGGGAUUUGUUAGGGACUAUGAUAUUUCCUUUGAGAAUUUUAGGAAGUUCAUUGUUAUUGGAUUUUGUUUUAGAAAGGUGGGAAUUUAUCAGAUUGUUUAAUGGCUGGAGUUGUUGCAACACUCUUCUUCGACACUUCCCUUUACUUCGCUUCGUCUUUGCGGGGUUUCUCCUCCUUUGCACUUCUCUCUUCAAUUACGACGCUUGCUGCCACCUGCAAUUCGAUGUGCUUCCUCAGACUCCGAUGGCGCCAACAGAGUUUCGGCUCGGCUGUUGCAGGUCAACCAACUUCUUCAACAAGCCGAACACCGCGCCUUCUUCCGACCAAACCCCUCCUCCUAAAAUCACCAUAGAUCAUGUUACAGUGAGCUUUGCAAGAAGUGGAGAACCUGGUGGUCAGAAUGUCAAUAAAGUGAACACCAAGGUGGACAUGCGCUUCAAUGUUAAAAAUGCACAUUGGUUGAGUGACAUGGUUAGGGACAAGAUUUUGCAAACGUUUUGUUUGGUUCUGGGCAAGAGAAGAACCGUAUUAACAAGGACGGGGAUCUUGUGAUUUCAUCAACCAAAACUAGAAAGCAGAAUUUUUUUUCUUCCCUUUUAUACUAUUUGCGGUCUCUUUCCAUUGUAUGUUGCAAGAUUGGUUGCCUUAUUCUACCA